CAUAGUACUUGCUAGAAAAUUAUCCUUAAACUGUAUCGAAAACAAAGCCACACACACAGACACACUUUCAUCCCUGUACUAUUGAUUUCCACUUCCUAACCAUAUCCUUACUGUAAGGAUAUGGUUUAAAUCUUACUGAUACAGAACUAAAAAGAAAAAAAAGUAAAGAUCACCUUCCACAAACAUCCUCUCUUUGUUGGCAAGAAUGAAGAAUAUUCAAACACAGAAAAAGAGAGAGAAAGAUACAGAGAGAGUAUUGGAAGAGAAGGAAGUACUUCACACACGUCACUGUUUUCCUCCUGUGGGAGUUUCUACAGACUCUCAUACUGAACAGACCAGCAUAUGAUGAGUGUAGAAACACAAUAUCAUCUGCAUAUAAGAGGACCCCCAAUGAAAUCAGUCACCAAACAAAGAUAAACCACCAAAUCACUGUCAUUCUAAGUUUAAGAAAAGACAAUGAUCAUCAUCUUCUGGUUAAUGGCCAAAGUUGUUCCAGCUUUAGGAGCUUCUCUCAGCGAUCAGGUCCAUCAGACUCCGGCUGAGAUGUUCCUCAAACCAGGCGAGGCGGCCGUCAUCAACUGUUUACACUCUAUCGAUGGCUACGAUCGGAUCCUCUGGUACAAACACUCAAGCCGCAGCCAGAUGCAGUUCCUGGGAUACAUGAACGUGAAAAACAUGUAUAAUCCCGAAGCCGGGCUGGGUGUGAAGCUGGGUGGGAACGCGGAAAAAGACCAGAACUGCACCUUAACGCUCGAAGUUCUCCACCCAAACAGCAGCGGGGUUUACUUCUGUGCCGCUCGCUACCACAAGAUUCAGUGUGACACUGGAAACGAAGCUUACUUUGGAAAAGGAACCAAACUCACAGUUUUAGAAGAUGGAAUGAAAGUCACUAAACCAAAGGUGAAAAUCCUUCGACCUUCGCCCGAUGAGUGCAGAGACCAGAAGAAGGAAGAGGGCAAAAGGAGGAAGACCCUGGUGUGUGUGGCGUCUGGUUUCUACCCGGAUCAUGUCAGCGUGUUCUGGCAGCGCAACAACCAGAACAUCACUGAUGGCGUGGCGACUGACGCCAACGCCACCAAGAAUGAAACCUCAGGAUUGUACUCCAUCACCAGCAGGCUGAGGAUGGACGCCAAGACCUGGUUCAAUCCUGACAAUGAAUUCAGUUGUUACGUCGCAUUCUUUAAUGGAACGGGCUACACAAACUACACAGAUUCCAUUUACACAAAUGAAUCGGACACGGGGAUGACACGAGAGAGAUACUUGAAAAUCACCCAGAACGCCAAACUCUCCUACAGCGCCCUGAUCCUGAAGAGCUGCCUCUACGCCGCCUUGGUCUGCUUUCUGGUCUGGAAGCUUCAGAGUUCACCAAAAAAACAGAAGCAGUGAGAGCCGACAUCUUCAGGAGAAACAUCUUCUUUCUUUUUCUAUUGUUAUUUUUAGCUUCUGUAAAUGAAACGCGUGAAAAUGGCAGGUGGAGACGUCCAACCUGACCCAAACAAUCUGAAUAUUAAAAACAUGCAGGUUUUCUUGUUGAAAGGCAAAUAGUCUCUCUGUGUUUUGUUCAGCGCUUCCCAUGUGAUCUUUUCAUGUAUUUACUCAAUAAAGACACGCAAGCAAA